CCCAUUUACAAUGAAGUCUAUGAGUUAAUCUUCAUUACAAGAUGCGUGACAAAGGUUGUACUAUUUUUUCCGUAGUAACUUGUUUGUUUUUCAGUUUUCAACUAUGUACAGGGAUAUACAUACCAAUUCAAGAAGAAUCGCGUCCUGCGUACACUGCAGGUAUAAAAACCACUUCUAGAAAACAAUGGAACCCGAAUACUCUUCAAAACUACAGUAAAGUUAUUUUACACAAUAGACCGGAUUCGCCUGCGGCUCAAUAUGUCAUAACUCAGGCACAAGAGGUUCAACAUGUUUAUCCUGUAUAUGUAAAUAACGCUCAUACUUAUGGCCAAAGACCUCAACAACACGAUAACAUUUUACAAACCCAAUCUCAUAAAGAAAUCAAUGCAGGACUCAUAGGAUUUUCUACAACACAACCAAACCGAACAAUUAUAAAGAGAAAAAUCGAAACAAAGACUUUGGAAAUUUAUAAAAAAUGUCCUCCAGGAGCAACUGGGCAAUUUAUUUACUCACUAUCCUGUAACCAAUUCUUAAAUUGCUGGAAAGGUAGAGGCACUGUGCAGAACUGCGCGCCAGGAACCCUUUUCAAUCCAAAAACUUUAGAAUGUGACUUUCCCGACAAAGUAGAAUGUGUAUCAGGUCCCCGUUCAAACACGUUACAAAGCUUACGAGUUGAAAAAUCCGUAGAACAGGCAUCUUGCCCAGAAGGUUUUUCCGGAAUUAUUCCCGAUUACUUUGAUUGUUCUAAAUUUAUAAAUUGCAAUAAUGGCCAACCCAACAAAAUGGACUGCGCACCAGGAACGCUUUUUGAUAUGAAUAAAAAUAUGUGCGAUUAUCCUCAUAAAACUUCAUGUUUCAAUGGAGAAAAUGCCAUUGAUGUACGUACGCAACCCCAUACAAAUAAUCAAGAUAACUAUGAAAACUGUCAACACAACAACUGUAGACAGAGUUCACAGUAUGCCAAUCAACAGACUGACUACUCCUCUCAUACUACUGGAUACAAUGGUCAACACCAUAUUAUUCAGACCCAAACAUCUUGUAAUCCUCAAACAAAAAAUUGCAGACAAGCUAAUGGACAAGGAUCAACAACUUACGAAGAAGGUUCGAUUUAUGGUCAAGGAUUAACGUACGGACAAGGGUCAACUGAUGGACAAGAAUCAACUCGCGGGGAAGGAUUAACUCAUGGCCAAGGAUCAACUUAUGGACAAGGAUUACUUCAUGGACAGGGAUCAAAUUAUGGACAACACACAUCUCAAGGAACGGGCUAUGGACAAACUGGAAACAAUUUAGGGACAGGCCAAACCACCAUUUACACACAAACAAUUCAACAUUCUUGUAACCCAUCUGUUGAAGACUGUGGGCAAACGACUGAUGACAGUACGGAUUUCAAUCAAAAUGCGAAUAAAUUGGGACAGGGUUCUUACGGACAAUCACAAACAGUAACAUAUACUUCUGGAUGUAACCCAGCCACUCAAAAUUGCCAACAAACACAAAAUGUUGAUCAAAGUACAAUUCACAAAUGUAAUCCUCUUACUCAAUAUUGUCCUGGCCAAAGCACCGUAAGCGGUAAUGAUUUGCAUACAGGUCAAACUAUAAUUCAUGAACAUCAAGCUACUCAUGGUUGUAAUCCACAAACACAAAACUGUGGACAACUAAACAAUCUAAAACCUAACAUUAUUUACACCCAAAUUGUUACUCCGAAAUGCGAUCCUAGAACUCAAAAUUGUCAGUAUCAAGGACAACAAUCAACCGGAAAUCAAAAUAGCUAUGGACAAACCAUAGUUAAACAAGAAAAUACUGGACAACAUACAGAUGACAGCUUUGAUGGAAAUACAGUAAUUGGAGAGAAACCAAAUGUUGGGCAUAACUGUAAUCCAGCCAUCCACGACUGUGCUAGUUAUAUACGAAAUCAAAAUUCUGGAAACAAUGAUUACUAUACUACAGAAAUUGGACAAAAACCAAAUAUUGGGCAACAAAAUGAGUAUUUAGGCAAUGCACAUGGUGAGUUAGGUAGGCAUAACUGUAAUCCAGCCAUCCACGAUUGUGCUAGUUAUAUACGAAACCAAAAUUCUGGAAACAAUGGUUACUAUACUACAGUUAUUGGACAGAAACCAAAUGUUGCGCAACAAAAUGAGUAUUUGGGCAAUGCACAUGGUGAGUUAGGUAGGCAUAACUGUAAUCCAGCCGUCCACGAUUGUGCUAGUUAUAUACGAAACCAAAAUUCUGGCAACAAUGGUUACUAUGGGCAAGGUCAACAUGAAUUAAACAGAAACAAUUGCAAUCCAGCAGUUCAGAAUUGCGAUCAAUACGUUGGACAAAGUACUUCUACUACUUAUACGCAUACAAAUGGACCUUCUGGGCAAAAUUUAAAUAGUGGAUACGGUCAAACUGUCGAUACAACUUAUACACAGACUAACAACCUAGAAAAUGGUGAUAAUUCACAAUUUGUAAGCAAUUGUAAUCCUUUUCUACAAAAAUGUAAUACAGGUACUGAACAAAACAGUUACCACCAAUCUACUGUAAUCCAGUCAAAUAAACCACAAUCUGGCGGAAAAUUUAUUUGUAAUCUCUCAGAACCAAAUUGUGGACGUGGUCAAAAAUCUGAAGACUCUGAGCAAACGCAAAUACAACCCAAUUACGGAAAAAUUUGCAAUGUAAAUGAUAAAAACUGUAAACAAACACAAUGGACUGCUUCGACUAUAACAAAAGGGGUAACAAAUCCACAACCUAUAUGUCCAAAUGGAGCCGCUGGAAUGCACAAACAUCCUACGGAUUGCAAAAAAUAUUUGUCUUGUGGUAGCGGAGAAACUUUUGUAAUGGAUUGCGCAGCUGGUACACUAUUUAACACCAAAACGGGAAUGUGUGAUUUUCCUUACAAUGUAAAAUGUGAAAUAACCGCCCCUAAUACCAAUUCAGGUUCUGAUAAUAACUGGCAAAACCAGUAUGAAAAUAAUGGAAUAGAUGGUGAGGAAACUAAUCUGCAUGGUAGGAUUGAAACUACUACGAAAUUGAAUAAUCAGAACUGGAAUCAACAAUCUAACAAUAACUGGAAUCAGCAUACCAACAAUGACUGGGGUAAACACACUAACAAUAACCAGGGACAAUCCCCGAAUAAUAACUGGAACCAACAUACUCUCAACAAAGGCCAACAGACGGAUAAUAAUGGCCAACAUACGCAUAAAACAGGUCAAAAGGCUAAUGACUGGGGUCAACAGACUGAAGAUAACUGGGGUCAACAAACUGACAAUCGAGAUACAGUUACAGAUAGCACAAGAGGUCAUAAUGGUUACGUUAAAAUACCCAAUCAAAAGACUAACGACUAUGAUGACGUAUAUAACCCCAAUGAGUACAGAGUCCACGCAACUACCGCACGAAGUGCUGGGCCUCCACCGUAUCAAGCUGAAGAAAAUGAUAUUGACUACGUCUUUACUUAUGAUGAUGGAUCUCCAGUUACUUUAGAAGCUGAAAGUGUAAUUAUAGCCGAAGAAAGAAAAUCAAAAACUUGCGAGGAUACUGAUUUCCGAUGUACUCCAAAGCUAUGUAUUUCCUUGACAAUGGUCUGUGAUGGUAACAGGGAUUGCAACGAUGGUAAAGAUGAACUAAAUUGCCAAGAAUACACUCAACGAUUCUCUACUACCAAAAAUUCCAAGCUAGUAGUAGUAGAAAACCAAAGAUGGAUAAACAUAACUCACUCAACGUGCGCCUUACUCUGUAUCCAAAAUACUAAGUUCACUUGUAGAUCGUUUACCUACAGCAGACCAGACAGGACUUGUUUCCUCUCCGACAAGAAUAUCGGUCUGACCGGAUCUUUACAACAACAUAAAUCGAGCGAUUACUAUGAACUGAAAGAUGGUACCAUCGACUGUUCCGACAAAUCCAAAUAUUUCCAAUGUUCAAACAAAAAAUGUUUGACCAAAGAAUAUUUGUGCGACGGAUACGACGAUUGUGGUGAUAGAGAAGAUGAAAAGCAUUGCGAUCCUCAAAAAUUUGGUUACAAAAUAAAGCUAGCUGGUUCUUCAGAGAGACAUGAAGGAAGAAUUGAAGUAACAGCAUUUGGUAGUACAGGAUACAUCUGUGAUGAUGAAUUUGGAAUAGCAGAUGCCAAUGUAAUAUGCAAAGAACUAGGAUUUGAACUAGGCGCAGCAGAAAUAAAAGGCCAAUCACAAUACGCUAAGGAUUUAAAGGAAAGCAACACACUUUACAUGAUUGAUAAUUUAAAUUGUCGUGGAAAUGAAUCUACAAUUAUAGAUUGCAAUUUCCCGGGCUGGGGAAUUCACAACUGUAAAGAUCAAGAAAUAGCUGGUGUUAUUUGUAAAACCCCUCAAGAAAAAUGUGCCGAUGAUUUAUGGAAAUGCGAUAGUGGCAAGGAAUGUAUACCAUUCGACUUCGUUUGUGAUGGUGUAGAAGAUUGUGCCGAUAGUUCAGAUGAGAGUAGCAAGCAUUGCGAGGCCCCGACCGAACUCCGUUUAAUAGGCGGUUCUCAUCCAGCCGAAGGUCGAAUCGAAAUUAAACAUAACGGAAUCUGGGGCUCUAUUUGUGAUGAUGAUUUCAAUGAAGAUGCCGGCAAAGUUGUGUGCAAAUUUUUAGGUUAUAAAGGAAGCGUUGCUGUCAAAAAAGAGGCUUACUUUGGAGCAGGUGUUGGUCCAAUUUGGUUGGACCAAGUAUCCUGUUUCGGCAACGAAACUGAACUGCACCAAUGUACGCACUGGAAUUGGGGCGAACACAAUUGUGAACAUAGCGAAGACGUUGGUGUAAUUUGUUCCAACAAUGUACAAGAAGUCAAAAUCGAAAGACACUCAAAUCUACCCACCACCAUUGAAACAGGCUUGCCAACAAAGUGUGGUUUUAGGAAAGAUAAUCAGUUUGUCGUCCAUGAUUUGAUCCAUGCUAGAGUUAUUGGUGGUGGUGUGGCUAGAAAAGGAGACUAUCCAUGGCAGGCUGCUUUAAAAGUUCGAGUAAAAGACAAAUCGGCCCAUUGGUGCGGUGCGAUAAUAAUUUCUAGCCAAUGGGUCCUUACAGCAGCUCACUGUCUACAGGGCUAUACAAAGGGUGCUUACAUAAUAGUGGCGGGAGAGUAUAAUACUGACGAAAAUGAAGGAACUGAACAACAAAAAUAUAUAGACGAGUUCUUUAUACACGAAAAGUUCAGAAAAGGACAUAAAUUAAACAACGAUAUAGCUCUAAUUAAAGUUAAAGGUACAGGAUUCGUACUAAAUGACGAUAUUCAACCAAUUUGUUUGGCUGACAGUGAUGCGGAUUAUAGUAAGGAAUUGAACUGUACCAUAUCUGGAUUCGGUUCUAUUAAAAGUGGAGUUUCAGCAUAUUCCCGUGAUUUGCUUGCCGCAUGGAUACCCAUACAUUCCCAAGACAUUUGCAAGAUGCCUCAUGUAUACGGUGAUGCUUUGACUGAAAAUAUGGUAUGUGCUGGAUCCUUGGAUGGUGGUUUGGACGCAUGCGACGGUGAUAGCGGAGGACCACUAGCUUGUUUGGACCAAGGAGUAUUUACGCUAUACGGUAUCACAUCGUGGGGUCAACAUUGUGGCUAUGCCAAUAAACCUGGAGUGUAUGUCAAAGUAGGAAAUUAUAAACAGUGGAUAGAAGAUACGAUUUCAAAGCACUCCCAGUGAUAUUUUACAAGAUUAUAGGUCAUCAAGCAUGAACGAUUUUAUAGCAUUAAUAUUAAAGAACCCUGCACUAAUUCUUAAUGUUUUUGCAUUUCGGUCAAAUUUGAUGAAGUUAUCAGAGACCAUGCAGUAACUUCCGCUGAUAAAUAAUCUGUGAUCGGUUUGUUCAAAAAUGACUUAGUUUUUGUUGCGGCACUUUGAAGUUGAUAGGAAGAGGUCAUUCUCUUUUCUCAUUUUUUCUUUAUAUAAAACAUUAAAGUUAAUUAUUAUUACCAAUAUUGUAUUUAAUAAUUAUUAGGAAAAAUGCCGAUCGUUUCUAAGUUUGAAUAUUAUAAGGUAGUAACUAAUUUUGAAUUUUACAGGGUAGUAACUAAAUGAUCGUAAUACGAGAAUUUGUGGGUGCAUUCAAAAUUGGCAGAGCUUACAACAAAUUUUAGGCAUUUUUCUUAAGAUUUAUUAUUAUCCAAAAAUGGUGAAUGUAUAUAGUUGACAGCAUCAUAUAAAAUUGCUUAUUUUUCUUAAACCGCUAAUUUUAUGGAACUCAAACAAGAGUUAGGUACUUUCUAUUGAAAAAAUAUUUGAUAAAUGAAAUAAUACAAUAUUCCAAAUAAUUUAAUAUUUAAUAUAAAGAAAAUGAAAGGAGAGGAUCAUAUCUUCCUAUUACCUUCAAAGUGUUGUAAAACAAAAACUAAAUCAUUUUUGAUCAAAUCCAUCCAGUGGCGGCAUGUAACCUAAUAAUUUGGAAGUACACAGCUUUAGAAUAAAAGAAGAAAUCACAUUUGGGAAGCGCACAUGUGCACUUACUAAGGAAUCGUCACUGAACCGAUCAGAGAUUAAUGAUAAACAAAAGGGACUGUAUGGUCUCUGACAAUUUCACCAUUAAGUAUUGGUGCGGGGUCCUUUAACAUUCUGUAAGCCUGACGUGUUACAUUUAAUAAACAAGUUUCAUUUGUUUUGUAAAAUAAAAAGCAGUUUUAUUACUAUUUUAAUUAUGGUGAUUUUUCGUAAAAUUGCAACAGUCAAAGUUCCUGUUAAAGUAAUUUAUAUUACAAAAUGUAACUGUAUAAAAAUGUGUUUUAGUAUUAAGUUUUAACAAAAUAAAAUAUUUUUUUAUCUUCUA